AUGGUUUCUCAAAGCUCGUGUGGUUCUGUUGCAAAGCGUUUACAUGAUGUAAUACGGGAACAUAUAAGUGCUCCGAAGAAAAUUAUCAUUGAGGGUACUGGUUUUGGGGAUUGCUUGAGGAUUUCAGCCGUCACUAUACCCAAUGAGUUGACUGAAUGGAUUGUCAUGAACAUUGAUCACAAGCUGCGUGAGUUCAGGGUUUGCAACAAGUCAAUUGUCUUCACUAGAGAUAUGGUCAAAAAGGUGUUCAACGUCCCAUCUGGUGUUAGGCCUGUGGAGUUGCUAAAAAGGGGUCACUCAAAACUUUGCAAGAUAUACAGUGUUGCUGGUAGGGCACCCAUAGCUCGUGCUAUUGAAAUCCUGAAGAGCGCUCCAGAUGAAGAUGAUAUUAUAGUUAGCAGGACCUUUGUUCUUCUUGCUUUGGCUACUGUACUUUGUCCAAGCACUAGGGACACGCUUAUUCUAGAGUACCUAGCAAGUCUAACUAAUAUGGCUGAUGUUCAGGAGUUUGCCUGGGAUGAACACAUAUUGGAAACUGUUAUGGACAAGGUCGGCAAGUUUCAGGAGAAAAGGCGAUUGAAAUCGCAACAGGAUAUGUCAUUUGACAAUUUUUGGAUUGGAUCAUGCUUCCCAAUGCUAGCGAUCAUCUAUAUGGAUCAUUUGGAUUUUCCACCUCCACACCCUGGUGACUAUAACAUCAAUUACUCAUUGCCGAGAGCAUGCUUUGUGUCCACCAUCGACUUCAACUUCGUUGUUUCAGUGGACGCGAACAUGUUUGUUUCGAACAAGAAAGUGUUUGGAAAAAAGACCCCUGUUGUUCAACCUCCUGUUCCAAUUAAAGCACCAUCUGCUACUGGUCAAGGUGAUGUCAUUGCCGUUGUUGCAGCCCCUUCUCCUUUCCAUAUUGCCGAUGUUGGUUCUUCUCAAGCAGUUGCACAUGAUGUUGGACAGGCUCAACAUCAUGCUUCUCAAGUCACUUCUGAAAAUGAAACCAAUCAAGAUGUUGUAUUACAAACUCCAACAUCGCUUGAUGAUUUGCUUUGA